AUGGUGCCGUGCCACCGGGAGCAGGCGGUGCGGUUCGUGAAGUCGAUCGUGCACAUGCUCGUAUCUCAGAGCCUGCUGCCUGGCGACGAAGACAUGUUGGACGAGGACAUAUUCCAGGACGUCCCGGUUCUGCACGAGCCAAUGCAAGCCCCGGCGGAGUUGUUUGCAUCCGCAGAGCCUUUACUCGGGAUCGCAGCGGAUCAAGGUGAGGCGCCACUGGGUAGAGGGCGCAAAAACAUGUGGUCGUACCGGGUUGCGAGGUACUUCUCUUAUUGCGUCGACGGGGGUCUGUUGGGAGAGAGGUUCACUCUCAGGAAGCUCAUCCGUGGGAGGGAAAGUUGCCAGGAUGAGGAUACCGUGGAGAGGCUCAGGUCCGUCAUUCAAUUUCUCCUCCAGACAGUUCCGACAUCGGAGACGGUGAGUUGCGACAUAGCGGAAUUCACAGCAUCCAGGGCAGGCAUUGCAUACAUCAGAGGCAAUGCGGUUUUGCUGAAGCCGGGCGAACUCACAACUUACCGGUUUAACGAACGAGUCAUGGCGGUGCUUUUGCUAGAGGGUUCGGUGGAAAGAGAGAUGUUUCAAAACGGGUGUCCUGCUGAUACUUAUUCGAGAGGCUUGCGUUCUUCUGGGCUGUACGUUUGUCAGCGACUCUUUCCGUGCAAUGAUAUGCCAGCUCGUUCUGGAUAUUUCAUGCAGGUGCGAUAG